UUACUUCGGAAAGGUCGGUAUGCGUUACUUCCACAAGCUUCGCAACAAGUUCCAUUGCCCAACAAUCAACAUCGACAAUCUCUGGUCACUUGUUCCUCAAGAGGUGAAGGACAAGGCUAAGAGCAGCAACGGCGCUGCUCCUUUGAUUGAUGUUACCCAGUACGGUUACUUUAAGGUUUUGGGUAAAGGUGUUUUGCCCGAAAACCAGGCUGUGGUGGUGAAGGCUAAGCUCAUUUCAAAGAAUGCUGAGAAGAAGAUUAAGGAGGCUGGUGGUGCCGUUGUGCUCACUGCUUAGGUUUGCUUAUUCUUAGUAGUUUUUGAUGUUAUUCAUAUGGCCGGAUCUCGACUAGUUUGGGAUUAAGGCGUAGUAGUUACUUUCAGUUUUGUUUUUGAUUAUUAAUGGAUGUUUAAACUUGAUAUUACUGGGUUUUUGUCUUGAAAUACAUUCGGAUAUUGCUAUACUUUUUCUCUGGUUCAAUUGGAUGAGAUAUUACCUUA